AGCAUCUGGAACUGGAAGAGGCUAAACGCCAUUCCUACCCUCAACCCCUUACCACAGAAACCUCGGCCAGGACCACACCCCCUCAUCCCCUUCCAACCCGCUGGCCCUGUGCAACCAUACCUCCACCCCACCCCCACCUGUGAGGGUCCUCAGGAGAACAUGGGCUGACAGCCCCUCCCGCAACCCACUGCCUGCUUCUGCAUGCCCAAGGAAGGCCAGCGGGGAAAGGCCUGUGCCAGGCGCCAUUAGAGUUCCGGCAAGAUCAGAGACCUCUUAGGAGGUUUGGUCCAGAGAAUCCAGGAAAGAUUAAUGCCUCCCCCAGGCCCCGAGACUCUGAAAAGUGGGCUCUAGAGUGGAGACAUUCAUAAAAGGGGGCUCCAAGACAAACCCAGGAAGGGAGAAGGCCAAGAGGGACUCCCAGACUGAGAGGGGCACCUGAUUACUAAGGGGUCCUGAAGAGGGAACCCCGAGGCUGAGGUGCCCACAGAGCAGAUUUGAGGCUGAGAGGGCCUCUGAGGUUGAUGGAUCCCAAGAAGGACUCUAAGACCAAGAAACUCUAUGGAGACUCCCAUAGCAGGAGACCCUCCUAAGCAGACCUGAGCCAGAGAAAGCUUCCCAUUUCUCAAGUGUAAUCUGGGGUCAAACACCCUGAUUUUGAAUCCUGACUCCACCACUUUGCUAGCUGUGUGACCUCAAACAAGUUACUUAACCUCUCUGUGUUUCACUGUCCUCAUCUUUGAAGUAGGGAUAAUGGUACCUACAACACAAAGUUUAGAUCUAAUCUGUGAGGAUUAGAUCAUCCACAUAAAGCCUUAAGAACCAUUUCUGGCACAUGGUUACGCAUUAUUAUUAACAUCAUCUUCAUUCCAAGUUCAGCAGUUUUGCUCCUGAGGAAAUUUCUGACCAACUAAUCCCUCCUACAGAUAUUGGCAUUUGUCUGAUGGUUAUUACUGCUACUAGAAUCACUUAUGCCCUGGCCCAGGGCACGCACGGUGUCUGUAGGGAGGGCAUGAGCGUGUGGGUGGUGGGCAGCCUCCCAGACUGCAUCUCACUGAGCACGACUGUUGGCAGUCCAUAGGGUCGCAGGUGGCCCGAGGCAGACAUUCUGUGACUUACCUCUAGAAAUAGCCCCGUCCCUGGAGUCACCUGGCAAAGAGGGUCAGGCUCUCGGGGAUCCUCGGGGGGAGGGGGAGUAAGGACCUGGCCCCAGGCUCCUGUGAGCUCCAUUCCGGCUCCCCGGCCAGAACUACCCUGGCGGGUGGAAACAGCUUUUACGCGUGUGGCUGUCGCCUGUGGUUUUGGAAUUUUCCAACGCCCCCUGCGAUUGGCUGCCCCGCCCCUCACACUCUGCCCCAGGCCCAGAUUGGCCACAUGGGGCGCCUGUCAUCCUACCCGCUGCACCCCAGGGGGGGUGGGGGGGUGGAGUUGGGGGGGGUUGUCACUUGGCCACCUGUGUGGUGCAGAUCUUAAACCCCCCGGCCUAGAAGCAUUGGGGGAGAGCUAGGUGCAGAGCUGCGGACUGAGGCUCUGCCGAGAGAGCCUGGCCCCCAACCCUGCUGUCAACUGCACCCCAUCCCUGGACCACCCCGGCUGAGAAGGACAGGGAGCCCAGGCGGCAAAGCCCAGGACUCAGACAUGAGAACACAAAUUGAAGUGAUUCCUUGCAAAAUCUGUGGGGAUAAGUCAUCAGGGAUCCACUACGGGGUUAUCACCUGCGAGGGGUGCAAGGGCUUCUUCCGCCGGAGCCAGCAGUGCAACGUGGCCUACUCCUGCACCCGUCAGCAGAACUGCCCCAUUGACCGCACGAGCCGCAACCGAUGCCAGCACUGCCGCCUGCAGAAAUGCCUGGCCCUGGGCAUGUCCCGAGAUGCUGUCAAGUUUGGCCGCAUGUCCAAGAAGCAAAGGGACAGCCUGCAUGCAGAGGUGCAGAAACAGCUGCAGCAGCGGCAACAGCAGAGAGAGCAAGCAGCCAAGACCCCUCCCAGGGGAGCCCAAGGAGCAGACCCCCUCACCUGCACCUUGGGGCUCCCGGAUGGGCAGCUACCCCUGGGCUCCUCGCCUGACCUACCAGAGGCGUCAGCCUGUCCCCCCAGUCUCCUGAGAGCUCCAGGCUGCGGGCCCUCCUACUCUAACAGCCUGGCCAAGGCCGGGCUCAACGGGGCCUCAUAUCACCUGGAAUACAGCCCUGAGCGGGGCAAGGCUGAGGGCAGAGAGAACUUCUAUGGCACAGGCAGCCAAUUGGCCCCGGACAGGUGUGGACUUCACUUUGAGGACCCCAGGCGUCCUGGGCUUGGGGAGCCAGGACGGGGCCUGGACAGCUACUUCACCCCCAGUUUCCGCAGCACCCCAGAGGUGCCUUAUGCUUCCCUGACGGAGAUUGAGCACCUGGUGCAGAAUGUUUGCAAGUCCUACCGGGAGACGUGUCAGCUGCGGGUGGAGGACCUGCUUCGUCAGCGCUCCAAUGUCUUCUCGCGAGAGGAGGUGGCUGGCUACCAGAGGAAGUCGAUGUGGGAGAUGUGGGGACGCUGUGCCCACCGACUCACCGAGGCCAUUCAGUAUGUGGUGGAGUUCGCUAAGAGGCUCCCGGGCUUUAUGGAGCUCUGCCAGAACGACCAGAUCGUGCUACUCAAAGCAGGAGCCAUGGAAGUGGUGCUGGUCAGGAUGUGCCGGGCCUACAACGCUGACAAUGACACAGUCUUUUUUGAAGGCAAAUACGGUGGCGUGGAGCUGUUCCGAGCCUUGGGCUGCAGUGAACUCAUCAGCUCCAUCUUUGACUUCGCCCGCUCCCUGAGUGCCUUGCGCUUUUCAGAGGAUGAGAUCGCCCUCUACACAGCCCUCGUCCUCAUCAAUGCCAACCGGCCAGGGCUCCAAGAGAAGAGGAAAGUAGAACAGCUGCAGUGCAAUCUGGAGCUGGCCUUUCAUCAUCAUCUCUGCAAGACUCAUCGCCAAGGCAUUCUGGCAAAGCUGCCACCCAAGGGGAAGCUGCGGAGCCUGUGUAGCCAGCAUGUGGAAAAGCUGCAAACCUUCCAGCAUCUCCACCCUAUCGUGGUCCAAGCUGCUUUCCCUCCACUCUACAAGGAACUCUUCAGCACUGAAAUCGAGUCACCUGAGGGACUGUCCAAGUGACCUGGAGGAGGGACUCCGUUUCCUUUCCUAGAGCCUGCUGGCUCACCUUUCCCUUGGCCUUUUCCUUUCCUGUGGCCCCUGGAGGGUGGUCUCUGACUGUUUGGGGGGAUGGGUGAACAAAUGCUGAGACUGGGUUUCAGCCCACCAGCCUGCCUGGCAGCAGGCCAAGAACCAGAGGGUCGGGAUGGAGGGGCUCCAUCCCCAGCUUCAGCUUUGUCCAGACUCCUUUCCCAUGCCCUGUCACCCCUAGUUUCUAGGAGGCCUGGGGUGGGAUACAAGGACCUCUUGGAGGACCUAGGUAUCCUCAGGACAAUAGGGGGUUCCAGGACACUCUGGAUGAAUGGAACUCAACUCUGGACUCAGAAGCUAAGAAUAGGACUUUGAAAUACCUCAUUGCAUUUCCCUGGGGGCUUUGGCUGGGGUGGUGCAACAAGCUUGGAGACUGGCGGCCAGAGCCCAGAAGGACCUGUAUAUAACAUGAAUCUGCAUCACUAGGUUUUCUGCCUUCCCCCUUCCUCCCAGCUCAGCAAGGAAAUGGUUAGGCACUCUGGGGUCUUAAAAAAAAAAACAAAAACUGGAUAUGUGAAGGGUAAGGAUGGGAUGGGAGUAAGGGAGGGGCUGGGGAUGAUAAUUUUAUGGGAUUUGCAUAUAGGGAUAGGGUAUGAUGAAGACCAAGAACAUCACAGACAAUUAGAACUCAGACUUCUUAUGUGCACUUUAAAAAUAGACUUUAGGAGUUACCCAAACCUGUCAGAGACACACAUCUACAGACAGGUGAAACAUACUCACACACUCAACCUGCAGUCAUGCGGCUCUAUAGACACAUUUAAUCUGACACAAUCUCUGUCUUCCUUGAGGUCACAUCUCAGAGGAAUUUAGCAGUCUCAGGGAAGAGUCCCAAUCCUGAGGAACCCCAGAACAUUUCACCUGGUGCCCAACUUCACCAGUCUUAGGCCAGGGGUGGCCCAAAUUCUAUGUCAGCCCCAGCUGUCUUCGGUUGCAAGAAAUCCUAAAAGGCUGGACGCUGAUCAGUCACAGGGCCAAGGACAGACCCUUGGAGUACUAGUUGUCUGGUCCCCAUCCUGCAGCUCUGCUCUUAUUAUGAAAAAGGAGGCAGAUGCAAUUCCAGCACUCUCUAUGUGGAUACCGCCGGGUCCAGCAAGGUGGAGAAGACCGUGAUCUUGCCCAAGAACUUCUCUUGGUUUUAUAAAUAGCUGUGUGCCCUCCUUGGAGGGAAACAGCAGGUGGUCAGAAGGUUUGGUUUUUUUCUUUUUUUCUCCUCUCAGGGGAGUGUAAACAUAAACCCCAACCUGUGCCAUUCUUUAUAAAAUGAUUUCAAAGGCAA